AUGUCUGCUCCAUCUGUUCCUAGCAAGCCUCAACACUCGCGCCAUGAUACUGCGCUGAUCCAUGGUCUUUCGACCUCGGAGGUCCAGGCCUUGUCCGAGGCUUGUAUUGAAGCUAAGGAGAGGGCUUACUUCGGCGCUUCCCUGCUCUUGAAGUCAGGCCAAGUGAUCCGCGGUGCGAACGUCGAGAACGCAGCCUAUCCUGUCGGUACCUGCGCCGAACGCACAGCCCUCGGCACAGCAGUAGUUGAAGGCGCACGACGAGGAGACAUUCGCGCUCUGGCUGUCGCUACGGACAUCUCACCACCGGCCAGUCCUUGUGGCAUGUGCAGACAGUACAUCCGGGAGUUCUGCGAGCCCUCGAUGCCAAUCUUGAUGUAUGACAAGGAUGGCAAGUCGACAGUCCUCACAUUGGAGCAGUUGUUGCCCAUGAGCUUUGGACCGGAGAGCUUGCCUAUGCAUUGA